CGGCAGGUCGGGGUCGCCUGUUGCUUCUCCACGGGGCCGCGAACAUCGUCUCCCCCCGCGAGGAGUAGGGAGGUCCUCGCCUCGCUGAGGGAAGGGCUGGCUCUCGCUCCUGAGGAAGGUGGGAGUCAAUCACUUUGACAAGUCUCCUGAAAGGAACAGCGGCAGGAGUUGAAACCUUUUUCCAUUUGGUCUCGUGGCAGAGGCAGAGAUUGCUCCAGCAGCUCCACACAAUAUGACGUGCUCACUAUUGCCCUCUGAACAGUCUUCUGGCUCCUCUUUUUUGCCUGAAGCAAGUGCCUCAUGUCCUUGGGGUCCCUUCGGUGAAGAUGACUUGGAUGACUCCUUGUUGGAGUUCUCCGAUGGAGAAGAAGACGAUGGCCAUUUCAGUUUCACAGAGGAAGAGAUUGAGAUGCUAUUGAAGGAUGACGGUGGGCAUGAUGAGUGUAGAGACAGAAAGUGUCAGGCCCUACCUGGUACUCCUCAAGAAAAUCCUUUGCACAGCUUGGGACCAGCAGCUGUGACCCCUGGCUUCUUCAAACUACCUCAAUUAAGUACAUCAAUUGGUCAUGGACCAACUCCUAGUAAAUCAUUGAACAGACACUUUGUACUUGAAAAGAAUCUUAUAAAAGUAACUGUUGUUGCACCGUUUAAUCCAACAGUUUGUGAUCCUGUGCUUGAUAAGAACAAGAUCGAUUCCUCCAAAGAUACGGAAAAACCUGCCUCCCUUGGGGAACAGACGAGAGAAGAUGACCUUCAUCCUAAUGAGAGUAAACGUUGCACUGAGCCUGAAGGGGUCAGUCCCAGUAACUCUGCUUGGGAUGGGCCCUUGCUUUCUUCUCCUUCAAACAAUAACAUCGAACAAACUGCCUCUGAUAAAAAUAUACCUGAAAGUAAGAAACCUACUCCUGUGUUCUCUCAGAUCUCCAACCAUUCAGAGGUACCUAACAGGGGAUCAUCCUGGAAAAAUAGUGGAUCACAUAAAUCAGGGUGUGAAGUGAGAAAUCCAGUUGUGUCCAGUUCAUCAAACAGACAUGCCCCUGACAAGGACCCUGGGGAGGUGAAAGCUGAGAGAAGACUGGGCAAAGUCAUUCCUGUCCUGCAGACCAGAACCAGGAUGUUUUCACAGUCAGAUCUAGAAAAAAAGAAGGACAUUUAUCUCAGCAAAGUCAUUGCUCAUAUAGAAGACCCAGGGGAAUCCAACCAAGGUCCCUUGGGAGAGCUAGAUACCCUGAUGGAUCAAGUGCAUAUGCAGAACCCAGAGUGGCAGCAUCCUUCGGAUCUCACUACACGAAAUUAUGCCCGGUUCCGACAGAAACCUCUACAAAGAUACAGCCUGAGUCAGUGGGUUGACAGAAACAAGCGGAGCCACCACCGUUUCCAGCGUCUCCCAGACUUCUCAUACAGUCCAUAUGUUCCACCCCAUCAACAGUGACAGUCCUUACCUAGGGUCCAGUCCAGAGUAGCAUCUUAUUUUCCUCUGCUAUUUUUGUUUGUAUAUUUUGAGUUUUAUUUUUCACAAGAUUUCUAUUUAAAGAAUUUGUCACCUUUUGGAGAUGUUUGAAAAUGCCCGUUACUGUCUUAAUUUUUUUUUUUUUUUUAAUGAGAAUCCUCCUGAUUUGUGUCUGUCUAUACAUGUUUCAACUUCAGCAAUGUAGUUUUUUGUUUUUUUUUUUCUUCUUCUUUUUUUUUUAAAUUUAAGAUGAAGGUAGCUCCCUUUUGAAGGCCUACAUUAAGUCAGAACAUCCAGUUUUAAGUAAAAUACCAGCUCUAAGCACAGUCUACUUGUACUACCCCAAGGAAAUCAUCGUCCAGUCUGCUGUAAGGAGGGAUUGUUCUGCAGGCUACAAGCCAGUGUUACUGUUGAUGACUCGUGAAUGGGGAGAAAGCACUUUUAACAACUCCUCUUUUUAAAUUUGAGUCUCUUGAGUACUUGUCAGUAUUGUAAGGUUGGUAAUUCAGGACAUUUAAAGUAAGACGGAGCAGGGAAGUCCUAUCGAAAGGACAGAUUGAAAUGUAAAUCCUCUCCUUUGUGCCUGCUAGCUGCCUUUAUGCUUUGAAUUAUUGGCUUUUUUCAUUCUCUAUUAACUAUAUCUUCCUCACAGUGUUUGUCAACCUUACACAUUUUAACUGACAAAAGACAGCUGACUAACCCUUGUUGAAUACUCCAUAGUCUUGUGACUAGUGGGUUUCUCUGUCCCUUCAGGGAUUUUUUUUCUUUUCUCUCACUCCCAGUGACCACUCCGCUCCUGGGUUUUUACAGAGGUGUUAUUGUGUCCUGUUAGAUGUAGACACGCCUUUCAGAUACCCUCUGUUUACUGAAGAGCUUUUACCAGAAUCUAGAUGUCUGGGAAUCUUCAGUUUCAUGAGCAAAACCCCAAGUUUAUGUGUUGCUGUUAUUCAGGGGCCUCCUUCCUGGGAAGCCUUUGGAGAGGCCCUCUUUCGCUCUCUAGCUUUACACUCUGGAUGUUAGGAUUUGGUCCGACUCUUACCAUUUCACAUCAGUACUCAAGAACAUCUAGGGAAGUUAGGAUUGAGCCCGUGCCUCACAGUGUUGCCUGAUAUUCUAACCAAAGCUGAAGGCUUUGUGUGUCUGUAUUAGUGGAUGUCUUACAGGCAGCUCCAGACAUCAUUUUGGGAAGUUUUACAGUAUGGCAUCAUGCUGCUGUCAUUCCCUUUGUGAAGGUUACUCAGAGUUCUGCAGCUGCUCUCUGGGUUUCUUUCGUCAGUCUCAUUUUUUUUUAUGUGGAUAACCCAUCCUAAAUAUUCUACUCCACUUUAGAAAAGUGAUUUGGGGAAGGAAGUUUGAGACAGGGUUUCUCUGUGCAGCCCUGGCUAUCCUAGAACUCGCUCUGUAGAGCAGGUUGACCUCACUCAGAGAGAUCCGCCUGCCUCUGCCUCCCAAGUGCUGGGAUUAAAGACGUGUGCCACCACCAUUUGGCUAGAAAAGUGACUUUGAUUUAGGAAGAUCUUGAUUUUUUUUUUCCCCAAGUCUUCAGUGGGUUUGGAUAAAUGUUCCCAAGUGUUUGUUGGUUUUAUCCAGUCAAGGAUGUUCUUUCUUACUAAUUCUUUUUAUAUGUGUCGGUUGAGGGGGUUGUUUUAUUUUUGAGACUGGGUCUCUUAUAUAGCCUAGAUUGGCUUUCAAUGCACUAUUUAGCCUAAGAUGGUCUUAAACUUCCAAUCUUCCUGCCCCACCUCUUAAGUACUGGGAUUACAGGUGUGAUCACUAUGUCCAGCAAGAAUUUUCUUUUCUUUUUUUUUUUUAAGACCCAAGGCAGAGUUUCUCUGUGUAGCCUUGGCUGUCCUGGAACUCGCUCUGUAGACCAGGCUGACCUCAAACUCAGAGAUCUGCCUGCCUCUGCCUCAAGUACUGGGACUAAAGAUGUGUGCUACCAUGCCCAGCUUUUGACUUUUUUUCCCCAGCAAGGAACUAGCCCUUCAAAGGCAGUAGUCUAAUCUCCUCUCAGUUGGCAUAAUUAUUGUUUACUUGUCCAAGAUGCUGUAAAUUAGCCUGAUAGGAUGAGAUAGCCAAAUAGUAGUCCACCUUUGGGACCAAAACAAAGUUAAAAUUUAAUCUAGCUGAAGUAGUAGCCCCCACAGAUAGCCCAGGGAGUGAAAUACAGCAUUUGCUUAGGAGAAAUCUGAGAUGCUGUUCUUCUCCUGGGACUGUGGGGUUAAAGACUGAAUGUAUAAUGGGAGCAUUGCCUUUGCCAAAUCAGAUGAGUGACAGGUUAACUAGAAAAAUGUGACAAUCACAUUUCCUCUAGCUCAGAUAAUUCUGUUUUUCCACAGUGUUAGCAGCCUAAUUGAAUCUGUUGGACUGGGGGAGGAGAGCUGCUCUCUGCUGGUUAACACGGCAUUCUUUAAGGCCAAAAACAGAGCCAAAGAAAACGCGUUACCUGGCAUGUUGGCCUUAAAGAUGGUAAUGGGCAGAGUCCAGACUUUUAAUCUCUCCAUAUCUCUUACAUUAGAUUUGGUAUUGGCCUCUAAGUUUUGCAUUACAGAUUAAAUUUGUGCUGUAUUUUUAAAUUUGAGUAAGGGUUAUGUGCAUUUAACUCUACCUAGCUUUUAUCAUCCAUGAUGACAUUCCUAUCACAGGGGUCUUGACAAAGCAAAGUAAAAAUUUGCUAUUUAAAUAGUUCACUUGUAAGUAAGGAGCCUGAGUAGCCAGUAUUUUGGCAUCUGAUAUGUUGUUGGGAUCAAUUAUGAAACUGAAGUUUGGUGCCUCUUUUUUUUUAUCAUGUUUUUCCCCUUGUAGCAGUUGUGUUUAAUGUCAUU